UAAAAUCCGUAUGCAACUGAACUAUCUCUUCAUCUAACCAUUGUAUUUAAACAAAUGUAUACCUGAUUCAGACAAUACAUUUUGAUGUGGAGUUAUUCAAACUUCAAGUGUAAAGUAUUGGAAUGAGCGGCUUUGUCUUAAUCAGCAUUUAAUAUGGACUUAAUUAUAUACCUCUAAAAUGGCGCGGUGCUUGCGUGCUUUUAAGUGGAUAUUUAUUGAAUGACGAUGAAGGAAAGUGUAAUUGUGUGAUAAAUAUUGGGUUUGAUGCAAUGGAAAAAGAUCAGUCCGUAUAUGAGCUAUCGGUGAACGAAGAUGAUGCUAAACAAGUCAAGGAUCAUUUUGAAGAAAAUGGUUAUAAAGGACUUCAUAAGCUGUUAGUCAAGAAACGAGACCAAUGGGUUGAUGUUCCGAUUCAUGUUGCACUUUCCGGGUCACUAGGUGCAGGAAAGUCUAGUUUUAUUAACACCAUAAGGGGAAUCAAAGCAGAUGAUAAAAUUGGAGCCGCUUUGAAUUAUGGUCAAACCACGAUAGAACCUAUUCCUUAUUCUCAUCCAAACAAACACUAUCUGAAAUUCUGGGAUUUACCGCAGCUAGGUUCACGUGCUUUUUCAAAGGAUUUAUAUCUUAAAAACAUAAACGUUAAUAGGUAUGACUAUUUCCUGAUAUUUGGAAAAGAUCAAUUCACAGAAAAUGAUUUCUGGUUUGCUAGUCAACUGCAAGCGUUAAACAAAAGAUACUACUUUGUAUGUACUCAUGUUGAUAAACAUGUCGAAAAGGCCCUUGAAGAAAAUAAGAAACUGGACCCGAGUGAUGUUCAAAGUAAAACAUUGAAUACUAUUAGAGAAAGGCUUAGCAAAUCUGUGAAAGAAGCAAAAGUAAAGAUUGACUACGUUUAUCUCAUAACUACGUCGGAUCUCCGUAAAUAUGAUGGCCCAAAGUUAGCUGAUGUCAUGAUUGAUGAUUUAUCAGAACGAAAGUGGGAAGCUAUGGCAUUAACAAUACACGUGUAUGCAAAGGGUGUUAUGCAUCAGAAAAGACGCGCGUUACAGAAGAGAGUGUGGAUAAUAGCGCUGAUGUCGGGGCUUGAAAAUGCUUGUCACAUUUAUGGACUUUCAUUCUAUUUGGAUUUAGAUCCAGUUAUAGCGGAAGUUCAGGAGUAUAGGCGACAAUUCGGUCUAGAUGAAGCAUCAAUUUUGAAAAUUGCGCGUACGUUAGACACAACGGUUGAGAGUCUUAAACAUGCGUCUGCUUUCAAAACAAAUUAUUCCCAAUUAGCGGAUGGUGGACUUUUGAGUCAGUACAAGACUUUGAGCGUGUAUGAUGUUGCAGAUGGGAUUACGCAAAGUUUCUCGCCAAUUUUGGGAGGUUUGAUCGGGUCCAACACAUCAUUUGGUUCUACUUAUCACGUUCUCAAUCGUCUUCUGGACAUGAUGGAAACAGACGCGUUGCGCAUGAUCGAGUAUGUGAAAUAUAGGAGUGCGGAAAUAUGAAAGUAACAUAAUUAGGAAAUAGGUUGAAUAUGUGUUUAUGAAAUGGAUUAUGUGAAGAAAUUAUAAAUGGAUAUUAUGAAAAAAUACAGAUCUGUUUGUGGCUAUGCCAGACAGGGAUUCGCAUCAAGAGCAGUUUAUUUUAAAUAUUGCUGAAUUUGUAUAGGGCUUAAAAUUUAAUUAUAAUUAGUGUAAUACGAUUUUAACUAUAUAUUCAGAACGACCUUUAACAUUUUUCUGUAAUCGAAAUAAGAUCAUUUCUCAUAGAGAUAUUAAGCCUUUUGUAAAUAGAGAUUGAUAAAACAUAUAUCUGCUAACAAUAUCAUGGGUACAAAACAAAAUGGAUACUCUAUUUUGCAAUAACCACGGUUGAACUAUGAUCCUAUAGAUGUAGCAUAGGCAAUUAUAGAUCAUAUUUCAUAUACAUUAUGGAAACCAGCCAAGCAAAGUUUACAGAUGUUGUCGAUAAACAAAGACAAAUAAUACAAAAUAAAAUGUCGAUAUUAAAGCAGUGUCAAAUAUUUGGCAGAGAUGUGGUUAAAUUAGUAAUAUUAUUCUUGAGCAAGGGUAUUGUUCUGUUUGUCAAUAUAAAGACAGUUGUAAUUAAGUGUUAAUAAUACAUUUAACUUUGACGUCUUUUUUACUGGUAUGAAAUCUGCACGAUAUAUAUUCAUAACAUUUAUGAUAUAAUAUCUCUCGGUGCAUUUUAUUGAAUAAGCUAAACAUGAUUCCAUACCAUUGUGUUUGAAUGUAGUUUAUAUAUGUAUGCAUGUAUUAGAACUAUUAUUGUUAAAUUAGCUAGUUGUUGAAAUAACAUAUAAAAUUACAUUAGUUUGUAUAUAACAUAAAUUAUUUCAUAAUUUGUUUAGAUUACUUUUAUUUACCCGAAAGAUGAAUACCUGUGACUAUCAGUGGAUUUUCACUAGGUAUAACGACCUAAUAGUGAUUAGUCCAUAAGCUUGAAAAUGAAUGUGUUAUAGUUUCUAUAACAAUAUAUCGG